GCGGGUGCCAGCAUGGCGGAGUCCCAGGUGCUCCUGCUGGACGAGUCUCACGUCAACGAGAAGGUGACGGAAGCCCAAGCCCGUUUCUACUACAGCGAGGAGCAGCGCCGGGCGCUGGAAACCCUGGUGACCCGGGGAGAAGCUGCCUACAGGGAUGCGCUGAGGAAGGACCAGCUACGGGACUUUCUCUCCAGCCAGGAGCUCCAGGCUCUACGGGGGAGCUGGAGGGGAUACGAUGACCCCCAGGAGAGCAGGAAGGUGGUGCGAGGUCCCGGUGGCGAGACCCUCUCGCUUGCCUACUGGCCAGAGUGCUCGGACACGGAGGUGCCACCGUUGGACUUGGGUUGGACGGACAAGACGUUCUACCGGGGCAUCAGCCGGGUGGCCCUCUUCACGCACCCUCGCAAGGAGGAGAGCGCGCCCCACCUGAAGGAGGUGGUGCGGGAGAUGAUCCAGCAGGCGCAGAAGAUUAUUGCAGUGGUCAUGGAUGUAUUUACAGACCGGGAUAUCUUCCGUGAUAUUGUUGAUGCAGCAUAUAAACGCUGGAUUCCAGUGUAUAUAAUCCUGGAUGAGGAAGGUGUGAAGCUCUUCCUGGAAAUGUGCAGAUGCCUUGACCUCAGUGACCUGCAGAUCCGGAAUAUCCGCAUACGUUCUGUGACAGGAGUUGGGUUCUACAUGCCAGCAGGGAAGAUCAGAGGCACACUGGCAUCCCGAUUCCUGAUGGUGGAUGGUGAAAAGGUGGCCACUGGAUCAUACAGCUUCACAUGGAGUUCAUCCCACAUUGAUAGAAACAUCCUGCUAGUCUUGACAGGACAGCACGUGGAGAUGUUUGACAUCGAAUUUCGUGAGCUCUAUGCCAUCUCAGAGGAAGUUAAUAUCUACAAGGAACUGGGGAUUGCUAACCCAUUCCAUCUCGGAAUUGGGAAGCCAGGCCUUCGUUCUUCCACUGUGGCUCGGAAGUUCAUUAACCCCAAGUAUGGUUUAGUGGCGGGGGCAACCCGUGGUGAUAUGAUGCUCUGGGCUUCACGACACAGACAGGAUAAUCAGGGGAUCAUGGAAAAGGAGGAAAGCAGUGAGUCGAAGAAACGGUUAAAUCAGUUCCUGAAUGACUUAGUCACAUUGGAGCAAGAGUUCCCAGAAAUUGAGCCACCUCUGGAGAACUUCAACAAGCUGAAUCGGAGCCCUCAGAAACUGUUCUCCCGGCUCCAUAUGGAUCUGAGAAAUAAAUCCAAAUCCAGAGAGUCUAUUCGUGACCUGAAGAAAGAAGAUGCACAGGCCAAUUCAAAACAAGGAAAACGAUUUGCUAGUGGGCUUUUCAGUCGCAAGGCCAAACGGUCUCCAGGCUCAAGCAUUGAGGCCAAUUCUUUUGCCAGUGAAGGACAUUCGGGAGAAGACCUUGGGAACAUGAAACUGGAAUGUGAGCAGCUCAGCAUCGGCCAUGCCAGUGUUCGGAGCACUGAAGGCAUCUCAGGUAACAUGGGUCCAAACUCCACUACGAGCGAUAAAAACAAACAAUCUGCCUGUGUGUUAUCUUGAUUGGGAAGGACUGUCUGGAGAACUGAAGACUGAACAAGAUGGAACAGUAACCUCUUGAUUGAUUUUGAAUCUACAGCCAUAUCCUCACACAGUGGUCUGUCAAGCCACUGUAUGGUCCUGGAUGUCCCUGGCACACCCUGUUAAAGCACAUUUACUGGGGGAAGCAUAGACUUUGUAUGGUCGGUCCCUUAAAUGAGGGUUCGUGAUGAAUGUAUCAGUCCAUAUAUCUGUGUGCAUGCAUAUUUUAUAUAUAAAACCAACUGUGAUGACUGGUCUCAGAGCUCGCUCUGUGUCCAGAUAAAUCCAGGAGAUUUUCUGACUUACUUGUGCUGCUACUUCAGUCUGUCUAGCUACAGACUCAGAAUCACUGUGUUGCAUUGUUUACUCUACUGCACUGCAGAAAUGUAUCGGUCUGACUGGCUGGAAGGCUAAAUCCAAUCAAAGUGGCAAGUUCUGGGUGAAAUAAGGAUUUAUACCGAAUGCGUAGCAAUCCUUUGUCCACAAGGAGUCUUCCUGUAGAUUUCUGUCCUCACUUAUCCACACAGAAAUGAGUGGUCUGGGAGAAGGGUUUAGCUAGCAGAAGCCUACAGAUUAGUAUCUUAACUGUUUCGUGUCAUAAAUAUAGCAGUCGAACAAAAUGAUUUAGCAAGAAAGUCGUAAGGAGAAUAAACAGAAUAUAGAGGGAUGUUUAACCUGCAUUUGUGACUGGGUCAGAAGAAGUGCCUUAUAAGGGGAACUGAAUAGUAUCUGGGAGCAAUAAUGCAGCCUUCGGUGGCUCUUACAAAUCCUGUUUGUUGCUAAUUCAGCAAUAUUUUACCAUUCAUGGAAACUGCAUGAUUAAGGACUGAAUAUUUAAGGGUUGAAAGAGGCAGCAGAGGAGGCAUACAAGCUUUUCAAAUGUACCUUUUUUUAUUUUUAAGUUAACCUUUCCAAACUCUAAAUCAUGCCAAAAUCGAGAGCUUUGAUCCAUAAGAAGCACUGUAUGCAAUCAGACCAAAGGCCACCUAAUCUGGUCUCUUGUCUCUAAGGAUAGGCAGUAACAGGUGAUCACAGAAGCAUAAAAUAUAAAGCUUGUAUACAGAAAUCUUUCUCUGAUACUGUUCUAGGAGUCUAUGAACUUUUUGAACUAGCAGUUCCUUCUGGACCUGGCCCUAAUGAAUGCAUUUAGUCCAUUUUUAAAAAUCCUUUUCUGCUUUUGGCCUCCACAGCGUUCCGUGGCAAUGAACCCAGAGUUCAUUGUGUGGUGUGAAAAAGAACUGUUGUCAAGCUGUUUGAAUAGGGUUUUUAAUUAUUUCAUUGAGGGAUCCUAAUUCUUCCACUGUCAGAUGUAGUGAUGAUCACCCCUGUUCCUUGUCUCCUUGCCACUACAGACCUAUAUCAUAUAUGUCCUCAGUCAUUGCUUUUUCCAAGUUGCAGGUUUGUGGUAUACAUAACCACUCAUUAUAUGGGACCUGUUUUACACCUCUGUUCUUUUGUUCACUGUCCCUUUUCCACUUCUACCCACUAAUAGAGUGGAGAAGUGACUUGCUUUUGUUUCUUCAUUGUGUGGAUUGAUGUUUCACUGUUCUUUCGUGCCAUCUAAAUUACAUACUCUGCUGUCUUAAAUAAGCCUUCUUGUGAUUCUAAGGAAAAGAAGUCCGAACUGUGAGCAGACACCUGAAAACGAACAUACCUACUUGCAAAAAAAAAUAUUCAGAUGUCAGUAAAACACAGGUUUAGAUUUCUUUCUUUUUGUUUAGAGAAGCCAUUAGAGAAACAAGGAAUUAACAGCAAAGACAACUGCUGCACUCCCAACACAGAACAAACUGUUGCGAAGACUCUUCUUCAACAGUUGCAGUAGUGGUUGUUACACUGAAACAGCUGUCUGUAGUUGAUGAUAACGUGCAGUUGAUUGAUUGAUUGAUUGAUUGAUUAUUAACUGCCUUCCCUGGAAAUGUAUUUAACUUGCUUGGCAAGCAAGUCUGUUUUACUCUGAGUUUACACGGUAGAAUGCCUCGAGACCCUAAAAUAUCAAAGGUAUUGUGCUGUCUGUUAAACAUACUCAUCCUCAGCCGGUGGGUUAAAUGUUUGCUAUUCUAUAUAGCUAUUCCAUAUAGCCUUCUGGGAACAAGCUGUAGUUUUGCAGCUGGGUCUGUCAGCUCCUAUUAUCAGCAGUGUUUUAUAAAAUUGUUCCUGGUAAUGGGAGAGAAGAGGUGGUGGAAAUGACACCAUCACUUAGAGAUAGAAGUGACUUAAUACAUGAGUAAUCCUGUUGGCUCCAGGUGUACAGCUCAUGUGCCAAAAGCUGCUCGCUGCAUGUCUGUAGUAUGGUCUGAAAUGGCUUGAUUUUGCCAUACUUCUGUUAUUCUCCAGGUCUUUGGGAGAUUUUUUUUUUUCUCUCCUUGUAUUUAUUUCACUUGGUUAGCAGAGAUCAGAGAUAAAAUUAUCAGGCCAGCACUGUUCUGAUUUUUGUUCUGAUAAGAACAUUGUCAUCUGGUGCUUCCUUGUUCUCCCAGACUUGUAAAAUAUUUAUUUAUUUUUAAAUUGUGCAAUAGGUGCAUUAACUAAUUAGUACCUUGCUGAUACCUAUGGUCAGGUUUUCCAGGAAGUCCUUUAUGUCUUUGUUUUUAUGUCUUUGUUGCUUCAUUGUGGGUAGAGUGACUUCACAGAUAGUCUGAGAGGCUGAUUUCACUUGCUCUUCCUCUCCUUCUGUACUUACUUAUUAACGUGCUUUACUUUCUCUUUCCUCUGAUGGAUGCAAGAGCACUUUUCUUUAACCUUGUCAACCUGACUAGAUCUCCUUUCUAGAGAAAGUCUCUCAUCUGUUUGUCUGUUCUUUUUUGUUGCCACACCAGUUCCUGAAAAGUAGCGUUCACUAGUUUUUAAAUUCCUUCCCCUGUUACAGAAGUCAGUCUCAUGCCUUGACUCCAGGGGCUAGUAGAAUUCCUUAUGCAUAUCACACAGUAUUUAAUUACUUAAUUUGAGAGAGCAAACUUGCUUUCUUGCAUAAUAUGAAUCUGUUUCUUAAACUCAGCAUGAUUCUAGGGGGAGGCACGUAGCCUUGCUGAUCCAGAGUGGAUAUUUCAGACUCAGGUGAAACUUCUUCUUCCCUGAGGAUAAGAUCAGCUGAACUUGGACUAUUUGGCUGCUCUUAUGGCAAUAGAUCUGAGUCAGGAUGAGGUGACCACAUUUAUUUUCACUAGUUUUGCUAAUUGUGGUUCUUGAUGAGCGAUAUAAACCUGAGGCUGUAACCUAUGAAAUGUAUCUCUCUCACUCUCCAGAUAAAAUGUGGUUGAUGGUGAUGGGGAGGGCAGAGGGUCAAGGAGCAAUGGUUAUGAAUUCUGUUGGAAGUCUGCUAGCAGAGGCUGGAAGUACAGCAGUACCUAUGGCAGUCUUCAAAUAAGCUAUCAUUUGGUCCUACCCCAAGAUGCCACCCCUUGCAACCAAAUCACUAACCUCUCAAGGGGAUGGGAAAGCUGGGAGACACUUGUUGCUCUGUUGGUAUUUUAAAGAACAAGAUUAGUUCUCUUUGGUGUCUGUGUCCUGACCCUGGACCAUCUCACAAGGAUGCCUGUUCUCCAGAUCUUGUUUACUCUUUGGCUUGUCAGUCCAGGUUUGAUGAUCUGUAUGGCAUACCAUGGGGCCUACACUUACAGUCCUCGUUUUGGACAGAGUAAUGAAGCUGAGGCUCGCAGCUCUUUCUUUCUGGUGUGAAACAGUGAGCAGUUCUGAAUUAGACUCUUGGCUGACCAUGUGCCUUCUGGGUUUCUUUUGGUAUAUGUUUGUGUAUUUAAUGUCUAUAUGUCCAGUGAAUUAUGCU